AUGAAGCAUAUCCUUUGGGCCGUAUUGCCAUUUGCUGGGGUCUGCCAGUCAUUCCUAACCACUCCUGAAGCUCAAGCUCCGAUCAGCGAAUGGGAAGCUGAGAGAUUCUUGAUCGAAUUGUCGCCGGGAGAGACGAGAUGGGUAACAGAGGACGAAAAAUGGGCGCUCCGACAGGAUGGCAAGAGGUUCAUGGACAUUACGAAUGGGACACCGGGCGGGUCGCUUCGUGCUGCGCAGAAAGUACAGAUUCACUACCCCAAGAAGCCUGCACACAAUGAGUCAGUUACAAGCCUUUUAAAGAAAUUAGACAAGGCGAAUCUGGUAAAGAACCUGGGGACAUUCUCUUCAUUCCAUACGAGAUACUACAAGUCGGAUUACGGAGCGCAGUCAUCUGCUUGGCUUUUUGAGCAAGUAAAUGGCAUUGUCAACGCAACAGAUGCGCCAAAGUAUGGGGCCAAAGUAGAGCCAUUCGCGCAUCCUUGGGGUCAGAAUAGUAUCAUCGCCACAAUCCCUGGCAAAUCGGAGCAAACGAUUGUCAUCGGUGCGCAUCAGGAUAGCAUUAAUUUGUUUCUGCCGUCCAUUCUAGCUGCCCCUGGAGCCGACGACGAUGGCUCCGGCACGGUCACCAUUUUAGAAGCACUCAGAGUCAUCUUGCAAUCCGAUGCUAUUGUUCAAGGUAAUGCGUCCAACACGAUCGAAUUUCACUGGUAUUCUGCAGAGGAAGGCGGCCUUUUGGGCUCUCAAGCAAUCUUCAAGGAGUAUGAACAGCAAGGUCGCGAUAUCAAAGCUAUGUUGCAGCAAGAUAUGACUGGCUAUAGUAGAGGUACGGUCGAUGCAGGCAAGCCUCAAAGCGUUGGAAUCAUCACGGACUACGUCGAUCCUGGACUCACGGAUUUCAUGAAGGCCGUCGUGACUGAGUAUUGCGACAUUCCAUUUGUUUUAACUAAGUGUGGUUACGCCUGCUCCGACCAUGCUUCCGCCCGAAAAGCUGGCUACCCGUCAGCCUUUGUUAUUGAAUCGGAAUUUGAAUAUUCGGAUAACAGAAUUCAUACGACGCUGGACACCUUAGACGUACUCGACUUUGACCACAUGCUACAGCAUGCGAGACUGACACUGGGGGCGACGUAUGAAUUGGCGUUCGCUGACCUGAAUUCCAGUUAUCAAGGAACAAGCACUUUAGACGACUUAUGA